AUGGGACUCAAAAAGCAGAUGCUCCAGUUCGAGGAUCAGCUCUCAGAUCUCGAAUCCGACUACGAAUCCGAUGCCGAACCACUGAUACUGAAGCCAUUUCGACUACUUGAUCUCCCGUCUGAGAUACGCUUGCACAUAUACCAUUUCGUCUUGUUCACGCCAACCCGAAAGAGUGCAUUACAACGAACCGGCAACGUGGGGGCUUCUGCGAAGAAGAGCAAACCUCUAGCACCAUCUUCACAUCGCGUUGGUCUAUUUCUAUCCUCGAGACAAAUACACGAUGAAGCCACACAUUAUUUCUAUUCGACCCAGACCUUCCGUGUGUUGCCUGUUCAGGAUUUCUUGCGCAUGCCCACCAUCCGAGGCUUGCCUCGUCGCCACCGCGCUUCUAUCACCACCAUUGAACUGAUUGUGGGAUCGAGCUGGACUGCGCCACCAAAAUCAUGGAUCAUAAAUCAGAGCUUGGGGCUACAAGAUAUGCGUCUUGCACGCACACUGAAAAUAUUUGUGCAGUGUGACCCCUCACACCCUGUGUUCGAGGGGUUCCGCAUCUCGAAGGAUUUCUAUACCAACUUCUGUGGUAAUUUGCUACACGAGAUUCUGGGACGAUUGCCUGGGCUAGUGCAAGUAGAAUUUGAUGGAUGGCCAUCUGUCGACCAAAACGGCCCUCUGAUGACUCGACUACUUGCUGAAACCCGUGGUGCUCAUAAAAAGGUCCUCUGGGGCCCCGAAAGAGGCUGGACCGAUUACCAAGAUGGCCGGCAUAAUGAUCACGGACUUAGCGAUGUCGAUGCUGCCUUCGAUGGAAUGUUAUCCCACCCUCCCGAUAUUGUUGAGGCUCUGAGUAAUUCACUUCAGACGGUCAAGCUGGAAUCUUGA